ACACAAGUAUAUUGAACAAGAAUGUAAACAACAAAAAUCAGAGACAAUAAUUUGCCAAAUCGAAAAUCUUUCGUUUGUUCUUUCAUUUUAUUUGUGUGUACAAGAAAUACAUCAUUUUUCCUUCUGGAAACUUUGUUUAAUGAACGACAAUGAACUUUAACGCUUUGAGAAAAACAGUUGGAAACUUUAUAGCUGGUAAUGAUACCUCCUCAAGCAAUUCUCAUCAAGACAAACCUACAUCCGUACCAACACCAAUUUCACACGGAGCUUAUGAUGAGAGAAAUGCCCCACACAGCAAGCUGCCUGUUGAUUCAUUUUACUACCCUGGCACAAGAUAUUGUUAUUACCUUAUGGAUAUUGAGGUGACACGUAUUGGUCAUUCUGGCACAAUGGGAUACAUCACAGGGAGCUUGCAACAAGAAAGUGACAUUACCAAGUUUUAUGGUGAGAUAUACAGACAUUAUGCUCAUGGAUGGAUGUUAAAUACUUUUUAUGAAAUCCCUGGGACAGGCAAGAUUGGUUGGAGUGCUUCAUCCUCUCCAUUUCAGUUUGUCUAUUUGAAACCAAUUGCAAAUGCACCAGUUUCUCACACUUGGGAUUUAAAGAUUGGGAAAUGUUUCAUGCACACUCAGAUGGUGACAGGUGUUAUCGGUCGACAGAAUCAGAAUGUUGCAAACACUACUGGAAUUACUAAUAUGAUAACACAGUUUGCUGCAACUGGUGGCAGGAUGAUUGGAAUUGAAUUCACAGGAGAAAGAAAAAGGCAGGCUGUUGUAUCAGUUGGAAAGAGUGACUUGAUGGGUGUCGACAUACUGUUUAAUGUACCUAAGCAUCCGAAUCCAGUAUUAUAUAGCUAUCAGUGUGUGAAUGUGCCAGUACGCAUAAUGUAUCUGGGAACUGGUAAACUUGUCAAGGUUGAAUGCGAGUGGAUGCAGCAUUUUGCACGCCAUUUACAGCAAGGCUGGAAACUGGUUGAUAUCUUUUGGGACCAGAGCAAAAAGAGUCAUGGAGAUCUGAGUUUAUCUGGAGAUCAUAACUCCAUAUGGUUCUUUGAAAAGGAGACAAGCAAGUUAAAAAACAACACUCCUACCUGGGAGGGAACCAUUGUUGAAUUCAAACAUACUGUGAAGAUUGGUUUUGGAUCAACGAAACCCAAAAGUGAUUGGACACCAAUGUUCGCAGAGAUGGGCAAUAGAGGCUGGGAACUAGCCUGUAUGUUGGAGUCACCAGAGAUCGUCACUAUAGGCCUGGGGACAAUCACAUAUAAAGUAUAUUUCUUCUUUCAACGUCUUAUUUUUCUACCACCACCAGGGGGGUACCCCUCACAAGCAUAUCCGCAGACAUAUCCACCUGGACAUUUUCCUCCCUCUCAAGGAUACCCAGCUCAAUAUGGCUACAACCAACCUCCGCCACCAUAUGCACCUCAGGCUACAGCUCCUCCACCUCCGGCAUCAGGACCAGCACGUCCACCACCACCUCAAAAUUUGGUUCCUCCAGGUGUACCUCAUAAGAAAUAGGACAUCGAAUGAUUGACUUAUAUUUAAUAGUAAAAAGAUAGUAAAUGUAGCUCUAAAAUUACUUAUACUGUAUCAUAAUUAAUCGUAUUGUUUAUAUAUAUAUAAUUAACAACAAUUAACGAUCUUAAGGCGCUGCUGCACUCAUUAUCAGACUGCUGAACUCAUUUUUUCCUCGUUUAAACAUCAUCUACUAUUAUGUAAACACGUAAAGCUUAAAAGACGUCACCAACCACUUACAAUUCAUAGAUUUAAAAAACAUA